AUGUCGACUGCGUCUCCUAAACCGUUGGGUAACGUGAAGUGUGAGCCUCAACCAUCAACCAGUACAGCGAACGAAACAAGUGUACCGUUGAGCUCACCAUGUCACCCGUCCCCAGCGCUAGCACGAUCAGUCCCAUCCUCCCAAGAAGCAACAUCUCCAUCAGAAACUGCUGGCAAAGAUUUCGUCUUUUUCACGACGGAACUAGCCAACCAAGCCGCGCUAGAUUUUGAGAAGGAACGCUUCGACAGUCUUUUGGAAUGGCAUAUGAAAUAUCGCAAACGCAAAGAGGCUGAGCGUGCCUCCACAGAUGAUAUUGUGUCAGAGAAGGCAACCAGUUCAGUGUCCACUGAGUCGCCAGCAACUGAAACGGUGGAACGUAAAGCUGAGAAAAGAAAAGCAGAGAGCGAUCCUGAGGAUUUUGCUCCCAAAAAACCAACCUACAUAGAUUUGACAGCACCAGAAAGUUCUCCUGCGAAGAAACUUGAGGAAACUCCCUUAAGGCGUAUGGAGAUGAUGACAAACUCAUCAGCGUUUAGUACCUCCUCUAGCAUAAAUGAUGUUGUAGAAGCGCCUACCAAUGGAAUGUGCAAGAAAGAUGAGAGGUCAGCAAAGUUGGAGAAGUUGGGUGAGAUGGAGCGACAAGUUGAAGCUGAAAGACUUCGUGUCGAAUGGGAGAAGGAGGUCCAGGCACAUGAGAUGAAAAAACUCAUGCAAAAUCAAGGACUUUCACCAUACUCCUCCCCAAUGUUCCCACAGCCUCCAGUCUCGGGACCUCCAGGCGGGAUGUAUCAAAUGGCUUCUUAUCCAGGCCGUUAUCCACCAACUUCAAGUGGUUAUCCCAUGGGAGCCAUACCAACGGGUGCAUAUCCUCCUGGAUACCCCGGGAUUCCUGGAUUUCCCCCUGGAAAAAAAGGUGUUGUUCCUCCUCCACCUUACUCAUUUACUGGUCCAAUGCCAGGAGUUCCUGGGAUGCCACCUAACGCAGGCAUGUUGCGCAAUGGUCCAGGCGAUGCAAUGAGAUGGCAACCAGGCAUGACACCGAACUAUCCUCCAUCAUUUCCAAACCCCACUCCUCCAGGAUCUGCCUCUACAAUGCCAUGCCAGCACAUGACGUCUCCGAAGCAAGGACUUGCUGUUUAA